GGUCGAUGUGCGGCAGGGCGGCCUCCCUCUUGGUCUUGUGGGCGACGUCCUGCUGCUGCUUGCUCCGGGUGAGGGCGUGGCGGAUGAUGGCGCGAUGGUCGACUACCUAUAUAGAGAUGGAUGGAUGGAUGGAUACAUUUAGAUAACUGCCAACACUCCCCUCCCCUCCCCACCCCACCCCAUCCACCGCACACACAGCCGGGCUUCCCUCAUGCGCCUGGUGUGAUGUCCACGAGUCUGACGUUUGUAUCGACAUAUACGAACAGCAGGGCCCCUUGGUGCGACUCCACCUCCUGCACCGUCCGCCUGCUGAUCGCACGGUCGUCGCAGCUGUACCACUCCCCGUCGUACUGCCGAGUGGCCAGGGUGCUGAAGUGGCCCUCCACCGCCUCCUCGCCGUGGUGCACCACCACAGACACCAGCCGGUAGCUCGGCUGCGGGGCGUCCUGCUCGGGCAGCGUCCAGCUGUUGUUCCAGUUGAGAUGAGACGUGUACACCAGCUGCUUGGCCGCCUGCAGGGGGGCACAGACCGCACUCACUGAGAUGUGUGUGUGUGUGUUGUGUGUGGGGUAGCUUGGCUGACUGGCUGAGAGGCUGACCUUCUCGAGCGCGCCCUGGCCGUAGAGAGUCUUCUUGACGCUGACGACCAGGAUGGGCGGCGUGACGUCGAUAUACUGCCGCUGUGAGGAGGUGGGGGGCACAUGCUCGGGACCGAGGGCUGAGGCCGACAGCUGGGGGCUGGACGAGGCGUGGAAGAUGCCCAACGUGUUUGAUAUCGCAUCUCUGCGUAGACAGAUUGACGGAUACAGCACAGCCAGGACAGCCACCGCAUUGAUUGCAAUGAGGGCGCCAAUGGCGGGUGCGGUGCCAUUGACGUGAGUGACGUGGGGCAUUCAAUGCAUUCAUGUUCGUGUGGGCUUGGCUUGGCUUACUCGAUGCUGAACACGUCGUCGUGCGCGAUGGGUGCGUCGAGGAGCCAGAAGGGCUCUCGCUUCUUGUCGAGACCGCCGCUGUCCGUCUUGACCAGACGUGUCAGCACACCGGCAAACAUCCUAGAUACAGACAGACAGACAGACAGACACAGACAGACAGACACAGACAGACAGACAGACAUGCACUCAUCCCAUCCAUGGGUGGACUCUUGUGAGUGUCUGUCCAUCGUUCUCAUCCGUCCAUCCCUACUUGCUGAUUGGCGACUCUCGAGCAUCCUGCAGCGUGUCCUCCCUGCAUACCAUACGCAGCACACCACACGGUCAAUGCACUGAGUGCAGCCAUGGAAAGAGAUAAUGCUCAUGGAUGCUUGUGGCCGGCCAUGUAGUAGUAAUUAAUGCUCACAGGGCGGAGGGGGGGCUGCCAGCAGACGACGACGGGCCAGAGGGAGAAGAGGGCCGCUGAUGGACGGACGGACGCACCGACAGACAGACAGACAGACACAACAGGCGAGAAUGGAAGCCCACAUGGGCCGUCUGUCUGUCUUGACAGGCUCUCUCGCUCGAUCAGAUCACCUACCCGGCUUCGGUAGUAUCUGCUCUCGUUGUGCAGCCCGUCCAGAAGGAACAGCAGCAGCUCAGAAGGAUCGCUCUGCACACCCCCAUACGCCGUCGACGGGCCUGGUGGACCACACACAAGACAGACAGACGGCAUCCACGCAGAGAACAAAUGGAUGGAUGGUGUGCGGCUGGGGUGGGUCCCACCCCAGAUGCUCACUGACCCUGUCGGCCGUUGGUGUCGUGGCCGUUGUGGUCAUUGUGGUGGUGGUGGUUCUGCUGCGACCGCUCCUCGAACAGUGUCAGCAGCGGCUGGAAGAAUGCUGACGCGUACAUGACGGGGAAGGACAUGCUGCUGCUGCUGCUGUUGCUGGGGGUGGUGACACCCUCGUUCUUGAUGCGACGGGCAAGCUCUGCAAACACAGACAGCAUCACACAGUGAGACAAGAGACAGACGUAUGAGGCCGGUGAGUGACCCAUGUGCUGUUUUGGGUAGGUGGCUCACUUGGCUCCUGCUCAAUGCGCUGGCGGAUGACGCUGUCCGCCACGCUCUGCAAGUCCUCAUCUGUGGAUCGGUCAGCCCUCCUCGGCUCCCUGCCGUGAUGCCUGCGGUAGAACUCCCGGAACAGCGACGCGAAGGCGCCAUGGAAGGGGUACUGAGGCCGACGGACACUGUCGUCGCCGGCAAGGUAAGCCCGGUGGGAAGUCUGCAGGGGUGACACAACCAGCGGCGAUGGAUGGAUGGAUGGAUGGACCAUGUGGUGUGUGUGUGUGUGUGGCGUAGCGUACUUCCGCACAGAGUGAGAGGUAGUCCUGGAAGAGGUAGAGGGGAAUGAGUGCUUGGAUGAGGGCGUUGAGGUAGCAGUAGUUCUUGAUGUUCGACAGCGCACGCAGCAGGUACGGACGCGGCGACUGAUGUAUGUGACACACACACGCACACACACACAUACACACACACAUAGGGACGUGCGAACACUGCAUAUGUGCAGCAGCACAUCUGUGUGUCGUACGUAUGUCAUGUGUGUUCUCACAUACCGGUUGCAUGAUGAAGAGGUCCGGGUCCAUUGCCAUCCGCCUGGCCUCCGCCUCGCUGACCUGUCCGCUCUUCGUGAGGGCGAGAGUGCGGCGCUUGACAUACAUCUCAUACUACAGGCCACGCACAACACACAAGCACGGUGUCGACAUGGAUGGUGAUUGAUGCACCUAUCUACGUUUCUCCCUCCCUCCCCUUGGUCUCCUUCCUGCCUGCCUUACAAACGUACGUGGUAGAGCCGGUUCCGCUCGAAUGGCUGGAGCUGUGUCGGGAGGACAGUCCUCGCCUCCAUCAGGCCCCAAUAUACCAGCCGAGUCAAGAUGCUGAAGGCCGCCCCGCCGUGCGGCACACAUGCCAACGCCGCGUUGGCCAGCCACACAGGUGACAGCAUCCGCCGCCCCACCCACUCGUUGCCACCCCUCUCCCUCUCCCUCACCAAGCCGUCACCAGCAGCGCUGCCGUGAGGGGUAAUCGGCACUUCGGUGCCUGCGGGGGAUGGCAGCUGGGCCGUGGCUGACGGCGUGUCCCAGACACUGCCGCCAUUGAGUUGUGGGCGUGGCCGAGGAACGGUGGUUGUCGCCUGGGGGCGCGCGGCGACGGAUGAGGAUGGCACAGACGGGACGACAGGGGGCGCCGAUGCUGCUGGUGCUGCUGGUGCUGUUGGAGGUGCUGGUGCUGGUACUGGGAUCUCGCUGGGUGAUGCUGCUGCAGCAGCAUGUGUGGGGGACGCCUCGUCGACCGCCCUCUCCCGCCGCAGCAUGAAGGCGCCCUCAUGAUAACCCUUGCCCUGGCUGACUGUCACGGGCGUCCACUCCUGGCCGGCGUCCCACUGGAUGGUGAGAGUGAAAGCACUCUUGCCGUGGGGCACCUGGGAGGGCACUGAGACCCCCUCCUCAUCGACAUUGGCCGACCGCAGCAUGUCGCUGAUGGCCUCCACGCACUCGCUGAUGGCGCGGGUGAGGUCCAUGCGGACGUCCUGGCUGUCGACCACGACUGUCGGCCCCACGCGGCUGAUGCUCGUGAGGAGACGGCCGGUUUGCGGGGCGAGGGGGACGCCGCCAGGGGUGGAGGGGGCCAAGGUGGCCGACUGGUUGAAAGAGUGCUCGAGAUACCACUGCACACAAACACAGGCACACGGUACGGAUUGUCGGCACCAGACGCAUCGCAUCCAUCUGCUAGCUCCACGCCAGGCCCACCUGAGUGCGGUCACUCCAGCUGUCCUCCAGCCCUCGAAGCACAUCCGAUGCGCGCAGCACGCCUGCGCCAAUUGGUUCCUCAUCGACGUGCUCAACAUCGAGACAAGUGGGGGCGGGAUGAUGACGGGGACGGGAUGAGGAGGAGGAUGAGCCGGGAGGCUUCCGAGACUUGACCGAGCCCGUGCUGCCACCUGCAGCCGCUGCGCUGGUGGGGGUCCUGCCGUCGUGAGGUGUGGAUGUGAUGCUUUCCACAGUGGCGUCCGUCUGAGGCUUCCGCUUGGCCUUUGAGAUGGCCAUCCACUCUCCCUCAACCACUGAGUCGCCUGCCACCGCCUCAUCGUUGUCAGCGGCCUCGUCCGCCCCCACCCCGUGGCCGUCCUGUGUCGUGAUGGUGGUCAUGCUCUCGAUCAGCGCCGUCUCGAGGGCGAUGUCGCUCUCGUCGUCCUCACGAUGGCUCUCGACAUCCUCCUCCUCUUCAUCGUCAUUAUCAUCGCCAUUGUCGUCGGCUGUGGCGGCCGUUGCUGUGGUGGAUGCGUUGAUCUUGCUGCUGGGGUCUGCCCUGCCCCUGCCCCGAAAUGCCCCCUUGGUCUUCUUCUUUGGCUCCUUCUUGGCCUCUGCCUCCAGCUCCUUCCGCUUGAUGGCGUCGGCCUUCUCCUGCGCCAGGAGCUGCUUCUCCAUCUGUGCCGCCCUCCUCUGCUGCGCCUCAAGCGCCGCUGCACUCAUCGGCUUCGCUGGCGGCUGCUGCACAGCACCGCCCUGCUGCUUGGCCUUCCGGCGGUCGCGCUGCUCCUUCUUCUUGGCGAGCUUCUCGUUGCGUGUCUCGGGGUCCUCCUGAGUGGUCUCGGUGUGCCGCGUCAUCAUGAACUGAGAGACGACGUCACGGUCAAGGGCCGAGGGGCCGGGGCCCAGGUGGUCGUCGAGGUAGGCGAAGUCCUCGUAGCGCAGGCCGUCGGGACACGUCCACUCCCGCUGCUUGCGCCUGUGGCCAGCUGACAUGACACGGACACACAAAGAGGGAGAGGAGAGGGACGGGGCAGUACUGAGUGGUCUGUGAGAUGGAUGCAGUCUAGUUGCCCACCCACCACCUACCGAGAAGCAGUGUCUUGUCUUGCCUCAUAAUGUGGGCUGCCUGCCAGGCCUUCUUCAGGCACUCCGUUCCUUUCUUGACAUCCUCCUCGCUGUACGUGCCUUUGGGGAUGCGAAGCAGCUUGUCCAUGUCCUCCUUGACCUGCUGCUGCUGGGCGUCACACGACGCUGCACACACACCCACAUAGACAGACAGACAUGUAUACACACAGAUAACCAGUCAGCUGGCGGGGCGGUGGCGUGUGUGUCAAUCGACCGACCCACCGAUUUGGUGGCCGAGCCCAUGGCACAUUUCGUCAAUGUGCACCUGUUACACACACACACACACAGAGAGAGAGAGAGAGAGAGAUUGACCUGCUCGAUUCGAUUGCCCGGGGAUGUAGGUCGUGUCUGCCGUGUCUGCUUUGGGUGUCCUUGCCGCUGACCUUCUUCUCGAGGUUAUCGUCGGCUUUGGCGUAAUCGUCUUGUAUGCAUGGCGGGAGGCCGCCGGUCUCCUGGAUGAAGGCCUCCGCGGCCGCCCCCUCGGCUGCCUCAUACCGGUCGACCAGUCCCCUCCGCUCCCUGUCACGAAGGUCGGUACAUCGCUGCACUCAGACAGACACAGAGGGAGGCCACACAACAGUAUGUCUGUCUGUCUGUCUGCUCUCCUCCCCUUCCUGCCUCCUCCGUCACGUACCCUGAGGUACUGCCACAGCCAGUUGGCGAUGAAGUCUUUGAUGAUCUUGGCGGUCGUGACAGCGUCGAGGUGCCGAAGGUGGCGGCAGUCCGUGGUGAGCAGGUCGAAAAUGACACCACUCACGAACUUCGCCUCGCUGCCCUCGGGGGCCUCGCCCUCGUCGUAGCCCGCCAUCUCCAGCAGCUUCAUCUCCUCUCCCAUCUCCUCAGCCGAGUGGCAAAGCCGCCAGCCGGUGGCGAGCGCUCCAAUUCUCAUCCGAAGCACAUACAUCUCCGCCACAACGCUCUCGGCGCUCGGCUGCUGCUGCUGAUGGUGUGAUGGAUGUCCUUUCCGGCCGCCCGCGGCUCUGCCUUUGCCCUGCCCGCCUCCGCCGCCUGCACCGCUCUUGCCGUCCCUCUGCCGAUUCUUGGUGAACUUGUCUCGCUCAGUUCGCAGCAGCCUUGACUUGACGUCUGCCAGCCACCCCAGGGGAUCGGCCUUCUUCCGCCCUGUCCCCUUGCUGUGCGCUGAUGUGGAUGCGUCGUCGGCGGUCAGCUUCUUUGGCCGCUUGUACUCGCCGAAGUACGCGUCGAGGCAUGUCGUGAGCCACUGCGGCGGGGUGAAGGGCCGGCCCAAGAGGAAGGCCCUCUCCAGCAGCCGCACCUGGUCCAUCAGCCGGCAUGCCAGCAAAUCCCGCAAAUCGAUGAUCCACGGGAGCUCAUUCACACCCCGAUAAGGGACGAAACCUUCGGGUAGAUACUCCGGGUCCGGCACCGGCACCGGGGGCUUCAUGUCCCGCCCAAAGAGGCCGUUGAGGGGGUGCGGUGCAUAGAGGCUAUCGCGGACCCACUGCUGGAGGUCGGCCAGGGAGGGCUCCUUGCUGUCCAUCCGCGGCUCGAACAUCUUGCAGAGGGCGAAGAGGGAGAGCAAGUCGAAGCAUCCCUCCUCGCGGCCGAUGCGAUCCAGCACCGUCAGCAUCUGCUCGUGACGCCAGGGGAGGUCGAACCAGACGUCCGACACCGGCACGAGCACGGCAAAGAAGGCGUCCACGAUGAGCGGGAUGUCCCACCGCACGGCCCACCGCGCCGCCACCUCGUCCCACUUGGCCGCAUCAAUCGACACACGGCCUCUGCGGUCGGCCGCCUCACCAUUGGCAUUCUCCUCCUCCCCCUGUGUGCCGUCAGUGCCGAGAAGCUCCGUCAGAGUGCGGGGGCGGAGACCGUCGCUGCCGCAUGUGGCGGCUGAUGGGCCUGGCUCUCCAUCCGCACCGUCCGUAUCCUUGCCUUGGCUGUCUUGUGGUGUGGGGGAACCGCUCUCGGGGGUGGCUGCCGGCGAGGCCGACGGUGGCCCGCUAUCGCCUCCCCACUCAUGCGAGCCGGGCUGCAUGGCCAGGGCACUCUCAAGGUGCUCGAGCGCCGCCACGAUGGCAGUCGGAAUCUCCUUACGGCUGGCAAGAAAGGCCUCGAAGGUCGGGGAGGGGCGGGGGCCGGAUGGACGGUCUCGAUCCGACGGGGGAGGAAGAGGGUGCCGAAGGCUGUCGAGGUCGCUGUCGCCUCCAUCAUGGUUGCGCACCUCACGCAGGACCUGGGCGAUUUUGUCGUAGCCGCAGCUGGCCUCGAGGUGCCUCACGAAGAGGUCGUUGACUACCGACUUCAUCAGCAAGCCGGGGAAGUGAUGGACAAACCCCUGUAGGCAGGCGUGGCGUGCAUCAAGGAACCACACCAGGCACACCAGGCAGUCAGACAGAAUCCCAUCCAUCUACGCGCUGCAUGCAUGGAUAUUCCAUCAACGAACCGCACCUGGAUCGGGCGUAUCUUGUCUACGGCGUCCCAGGAUAACCUGUCGGGCUCGUCAUCGGGAUCGAACCCCACGAUGCCGCUCAGGGGCGGGCCGUCCGACCCCACUUCUCUGCCCGCACUCAGCACGUCUGGCAGCCACUUGGGCUCUACAAAGAUCUCGUGACCCUCGGCCAGCUCGGCCCCCUUCCUCACACUCCGCUCCAGGCUGACCGUGAGGGGCACACGCACCAGCCGCUGCAGGCUGCACUUGCAGUCCUCAUCCCUCGCCGCGAAGCACGGGCAGCCCUCUCGCUGGAGCUUCCGUGAGUGGUAGCUGGAGAGCUUCUCGCACCUAAUUAAGGCUUGGACCUCCUCCUCUGCCGACUUGUCCGGCCGGCCGUGCAUCCUGUCGUGGACGAGCUUGCGGAGGUGAGAGAGACGAGACGAGAGCGAGGAGGGAUCUGUGGAGGGGCGGGAGGAGCUCUCGGAAGGCCGCUGCUCGUUCCCAUUCUGCUUCUCCAUCCCCAUCUUCCUCUCCUGGGAAGCAAUCCAUGCCGCCGCACGAGCAAUGUCGUGCUGGUUGGCUGAGUUCAUGGGGAAGAGUCCCUCGCCGAGCUCGGUCACCGCGUCUUGGAUAUUCGCGAUAUUCUCGAUAUUCUCCCUCAUGCUUUUCUCCAUCAUCUCGAUCUGCCCCAUAAGCUCCUUGUGCUUCCAGAAGUCAGGUUCAUCCUCGGGCGGCUGCGGGCAGAACUCAUUGGCGGAGCCGCUCCGCUCCGCCGCCUCGUUCAUGUCGAUGACAGAGGUGCUCUCGCUGGGCGGGGAGGCCGAGGGCGGCACGGAGGCAUCGUCGGCCUCCUUCGCACGCUUGCUCUUCUUGCUGCCCCUCUUGGUCUUCUUCUUGGGCUUCGGUGGACCGGCGGCAGCACCUGGUCCAUCAGCACCUGCUGCUGCUGCAGGGCUGGCAUCGUCAUGCCCAUCAGGCUGAUCCCGCUCUUCCUCUGCAUCAUCAGGCUGGCACUCAUCAUCUUUGCCGUCGGCACCGUCGCGGUCUGCUGACGGCCCGUUGGCUGAUGGUCUCUCGGGGUCGGCCAUUGAGAUGGCGGUGCGGGUGACUGACCACCGGAGAGAGUCACGGGCUCACGCUGCUCUGCAGGUACAUGCGAAGAACACAAAGAUGGACAAUCAAUGCCCGGGGAUAUAGAUCAGGUACAUGGAUGCUUUCCUGCUGGAUGGGGUCGUGUCACUUCCUCGAGAGCGUGGCGCAGAUCUCGCCGCAAGACACACACUUAAAUCCUCUUAAACGUCCAACACCCACAUACAAGGCAGGGACGGCAC